AAAAGAAUUUCGUACAUUUCUCAUUACUAUGCAGGUGACGAUGUUCUUCGAAAGUAACGUUAAGUUUUAGGACCUAUAAAAGUCAGGCCACGAAGAAUUAUCGUUAUCAGUCUAUCUUCAACGACACCCGCUUAAAUAACUAAACAUGGCAGCAAAGCUUUUCGUGUUGGCAGCUCUUGUUGCUGUAGCCAGGGGUGGAGUGCUGGCCGGUCAGGCCGUCGUAGCAGCACCCCAGGUAUUAGCCAAGAUCUCCGAUGACACGUUCGACCCUAAUCCCCAAUAUUCUUUCGCGUACGAUGUCCAAGACGCUCUAACCGGAGACAGCAAAAGCCAAAUCGAGAGUAGAAACGGCAACAUCGUUCAAGGCCAGUACAGUGUUGCUGACCCCGACGGUACUCGCAGGAUUGUUGACUACACAGCUGACCCAGUUAACGGAUUUAACGCUGUGGUUAGGAAAGCUCCGUUAGCCGUUGCUGCUCCUGUCGUUGCGAAAGCUGUCGCUGCUCCCGUAGCAGCUCCGGUAGUCGCUGCAAGAGCCGUUGCGGCCCCAGCACCCUUAGCCGUAGCCGCUCCCGCGCCUCUGGCGCUUCCCGCUCCCGCUCCGGUUGCUUACGCCGCCCCCGCACCAGUUUUAUCUGCCAGGGCGGUAGCAGCGCCUUUGGUUGCUCAGCCCUUUGCUAGGGCGGCUCCCUUAGUGGCCGCUCCUCAACCCAUUGCCUACGCGUCUGCGCCUUUGGCUUAUUCAGCAGGACCUUUCGCGAGGAUAGCGUCGCCAUAUGCCGUGUUAUAAAAGAUGACUGUGUCAUGAGUGUUUGUAUCUAAAUUUAACUGUUAUUUUGUACAUAAAUGAUUAAUAUCAAUUGCAA